UUCAAUUUUUCGGCCAAAAAUUUAAGAGGUUCGGGAUUUUUGGCUCCACAGUAAAUUAUUACUUAUGUCUCUACGGGGACUACAAAAUCAACAAACGCAAGACAAACUUACUCGGAUUGCUAUAGUAAGUAAUGAUAAGUGUAAACCAAAGCGAUGUCAGCAACAAUGCAAGAAAUCUUGUCCUGUGGUCAGAAUGGGAAAACUGUGUAUAGAAGUAUCCCCAGCGUCGAAGAUUGCUCACAUUUCUGAGACACUCUGUAUAGGAUGUGGUAUCUGCGCCAAGAAAUGUCCAUUUGAAGCUCUUACCAUCAUCAAUCUGCCAAGCAAUCUUGAAAAGGAAACCACACAUAGAUACAGCGCCAACUCUUUCAAACUGCACAGGUUGCCAAUUCCCCGACCAGGAGAGGUGUUAGGGCUUGUAGGGACCAAUGGAAUUGGAAAAUCUACAGCACUGAAGAUCUUGGCAGGAAAACAGAAACCAAAUCUUGGGAGAUUCAAUAACCCACCAGACUGGCAGGAGAUUCUUUUGCACUUCAGAGGAUCUGAGCUGCAGAACUACUUCACAAAGAUUUUAGAGGAUGAUUUAAAGGCAAUCAUUAAACCACAGUAUGUGGACCAAAUUCCUAAAGCUGUCAAGGGAAGUGUUCAGUCGAUUCUUGACAGAAAAAAUGAGAUGGACAAUCAAGAACAUAUCUGCAGACAGCUUGAUCUACUAACAGUACUGGAUCGCAAUGUGGAUGAACUUUCUGGAGGAGAGCUGCAACGGUUUGCUUGUGCAGUGGUUUGCAUACAAAGAGCUGAUAUAUACAUGUUUGACGAACCUUCAAGUUACUUGGAUGUGAAGCAACGUCUGAAGUGUGCCUUGACAAUAAGAUCCCUUCUGGGUGAUGAUCGGUACAUUAUUGUUGUUGAACAUGACUUGAGUGUGCUGGAUUAUCUGUCAGACUACAUAUGUUGUCUUUAUGGAUCUCCUGGGGCUUACGGCGUGGUUACCAUGCCCUUCAGUGUCAGGGAAGGAAUCAAUAUCUUUUUGGAUGGUUUUGUUCCUACUGAGAACCUGAGGUUUAGGGAUACAUCUUUGGUUUUUAAAGUGGCUGAAACAGCAGACAAGGAGGAAGAAGUGAAGAAAAUGUUGAGAUACAAAUAUCCUAAGAUGGAAAAACAGCUAAAGGAGUUCCAUUUGACUAUUGAUACUGGAGAAUUCACAGAUUCUGAAAUCAUUGUUAUGCUGGGAGAGAAUGGAACCGGUAAGACAACUUUCAUCCGCAUGUUGGCUGGGAAACUCCCGUCCGAUGGUAAUGAACAAGUUCCCAUGAUGAAUAUCAGCUAUAAACCACAAAAGAUCAGCCCAAAGUCACAGAACACCGUGCGCAUGCUCCUACACGAAAAGAUCCGUGACGCUUAUGUGCAUCCUCAGUUCAUCGCUGACGUCAUCAAGCCUCUACAGAUCGAACAAAUCAUGGACCAGGAGGUUCAAAACUUGUCUGGAGGUGAACUUCAACGCGUCGCGCUAACGCUUUGUCUUGGAAAGCCAGCGGACGUUUAUUUAAUUGAUGAGCCUUCGGCAUACUUGGACUCUGAACAGCGUCUUGUGGCCGCCAAAGUCAUUAAACGAUUCAUUCUGCACGCCAAGAAGACUGGUUUCGUUGUGGAGCACGACUUCAUUAUGGCUACUUAUCUUGCUGACCGAGUGGUAGUGUUUGAAGGCGAACCUUCCGUCAAGACUCUUGCAAAUAGUCCUCAGACACUUCUUACCGGUAUGAACAAGUUUCUCCAUUCCCUGGAGAUCACCUUCCGGCGCGACCCGACUAACUUCCGGCCUCGAAUCAACAAGAUGAAUUCUGUCAAGGACUGUGAACAGAAAAGGACUGGCAACUAUUUCUACCUUGAGGAUUAAAGCAACCUGCUGAUGUGACUUCGGCAAAUAAAUACAUACAUAAAAAAAGUUCAAAUAACCAUUGAUGUAACAGAGAAAGCAAACCUGAAAUGGUGCAAAUGUGUUUUUUAAGAUCAUCAACAGCACUCUCUCUAUUGGACUGCAUCUGAAUAUUCCUAGCGAAGAAGAGCUUGUCUUUACUAACGGAACUGCAUUUUAAUGCUCCUACAGGUGGAUCAAUGUAAUUAAUCUCAUGACUUGAACUUUGACUAUGUAGUGGUAUUGCUAAGAGAAAUAAAUUGUUUAUCACA